CCCCCGGAAGUGGCCAGAGCCGAGGUGCAAGCCGAGCUUACGUCCGUCUGCCCGUUGGUCCGCGGGUCCGCCAGUCCGGUGUCCCGCGCGCCUCGGCUCUCUCUGCCGUCCCGCCAUUCUUUUGGCCCUAGUGGCGGCCAAGGCGGUAGCCAUGGCGACUUUCAUUUCGGUGCAGCUGAAGAAGACCUCUGAGGUGGACCUAGCCAAGCCGCUGGUGAAGUUCAUCCAGCAGACGUACCCGAGCGGCGGCGAGGAGCAGGCCCAGUACUGCCGCGCUGCCGAGGAGCUCAGCAAGCUGCGCCGCGCCGCGCUCGGCCGCCCGCUGGACAAGCACGAGGGCGCGCUGGAGACGCUCCUAAGAUAUUAUGAUCAGAUUUGUUCCAUUGAACCCAAAUUUCCAUUUUCUGAAAAUCAGAUCUGCUUGACAUUUACCUGGAAGGAUGCUUUUGAUAAAGGUUCACUUUUUGGAGGCUCUGUAAAAUUGGCUCUUGCAAGUUUAGGAUAUGAAAAGACCUGUGUGUUGUUCAAUUGUGCAGCCUUAGCUAGCCAGAUUGCAGCAGAACAGAACCUGGAUAAUGAUGAAGGAUUGAAAGUCGCUGCUAAACAUUACCAGUUUGCUAGUGGUGCCUUUUUACACAUUAAAGAAACGGUUUUAUCUGCCUUAAGUCGAGAGCCUACUGUGGACAUAUCUCCAGAUACUGUUGGGACCCUCAGUCUUAUUAUGCUGGCACAGGCCCAAGAAGUAUUUUUUUUAAAAGCUACAAGAGAUAAAAUGAAAGAUGCCAUCAUAGCUAAACUGGCUAAUCAGGCUGCAGAUUAUUUCGGUGAUGCUUUCAAACAGUGUCAGUACAAAGAUACUCUACCCAAGUAUUUUUAUUUCCAGGAGGUGUUCCCUGUCUUGGCUGCCAAACACUGUAUCAUGCAAGCCAAUGCUGAAUACCACCAGUCUAUCCUGGCAAAACAGCAGAAGAAAUUUGGAGAAGAGAUUGCAAGGUUACAGCAUGCAGCAGAACUGAUUAAAACAGUGGCAUCUCGCUAUGAUGAAUAUGUCAAUGUGAAGGAUUUUUCUGACAAAAUCAGCCGUGCCCUUACUGCAGCAAAGAAGGAUAAUGACUUCAUUUAUCAUGAUCGUGUUCCAGACCUUAAAGAUCUAGAUCCUAUUGGCAAAGCUACACUUGUGAAAUCCACUCCAGUCAAUGUCCCCAUCAGCCAGAAAUUCACUGAUCUAUUUGAGAAGAUGGUUCCUGUGUCAGUACAGCAGUCUUUGGCUGCCUAUAAUCAAAGGAAGGCUGACUUGGUUAACAGAUCAAUUGCUCAAAUGAGAGAAGCCACCACAUUGGCAAAUGGGGUGUUAGCAUCACUUAAUCUUCCAGCAGCAAUUGAAGAUGUGUCUGGAGAUACAGUACCUCAGUCUAUAUUGACUAAGUCCAUGUCUGUGAUUGAACAGGGAGGCAUCCAGACUGUUGAUCAGUUGAUCAAAGAGCUACCUGAACUACUACAAAGAAAUAGAGAAAUCCUAGAUGAGUCAUUAAGAUUGUUGGAUGAAGAAGAAGCAACUGACAAUGAUUUAAGAGCAAAAUUCAAGGAACGCUGGCAAAGGACACCAUCCAAUGAACUGUACAAGCCUUUGAGAGCAGAGGGAGCCAACUUCAGAACAGUUUUGGACAAGGCCGUGCAAGCAGAUGGACGAGUGAAAGAACGUUAUCAGUCUCACCGUGACACCAUUGCACUUCUAUGUAAGCCAGAGCCUGAGCUGAAUGCCACUAUCCCUUCUGCUAACCCAGCAAAGACCAUGCAGGGCAGUGAGGUUGUAAAUGUCUUAAAAUCCUUAUUGACAAAUCUUGAUGAAGUAAAGAAGGAAAGAGAGUGUCUGGAGAAUGACAUGAAAUCAGUGAAUUUUGACAUGACAAGCAAGUUUUUGACUGCUCUAGCUCAAGAAGGUGUGAUAAAUGAAGAAGCUCUUUCUGUUACUGAACUGGAUCGAAUCUAUGGAGGUCUUACAACUAAGGUCCAAGAAUCUCUUAAGAAACAGGAGGGACUUCUUAAAAAUAUUCAGGUCUCACACCAGGAAUUUUCAAAAAUGAAACAGUCUAACAAUGAAGCUAACUUAAGAGAAGAAGUUUUGAAGAACUUAGCUACUGCAUAUGACAACUUUGUUGAACUUGUAGCUAAUUUGAAGGAGGGCACAAAGUUUUACAAUGAGCUGACUGAAAUCCUGGUCAGGUUCCAGAACAAAUGCAGUGAUAUAGUGUUUGCACGGAAGACGGAAAGAGAUGAACUCUUAAAGGACUUGCAACAAAGCAUUGCCAGAGAACCUAGUGCUCCUUCAAUUCCUGCACCUGCAUAUCAGUCUUCUCCAGCAGGGGGACAUGCGCCAACUCCUCCAACUCCAGCACCAAGAACCAUGCCGCCUACUAAACCCCAGCCCCCGGCCCGGCCUCCGCCUCCUGUGCUUCCAGCAAACCGAGCUCCUUCUGCUACUACUCCAGCUCCUGUGGGGACUGGCACUGCUGCGUCAGCACCAUCACAAACCCCUGGUUCAGUUCCUCCUCCACAGGCCCAGGGACCUCCCUAUCCAACCUAUCCAGGAUAUCCCGGGUACUGCCAAAUGCCCAUGCCCAUGGGCUAUAAUCCUUAUGCAUAUGGCCAGUAUAACAUGCCAUAUCCACCAGUCUAUCACCAGAGCCCUGGACAGGCUCCCUAUCCGGGACCCCAGCAGCCUUCAUACCCCUACCCUCAGCCCCCACAACAGCCUUACUACCCACAGCAGUAAUCUGUCUGCCCAGAAGCUCAGCUGGUUCAGUUCAAAGAGAAAGAAAUACCAACCCUGCAAUAAGUGUAUUAAACUCUAUGCUCUGGUUAUAUAACAUACUCUACUGUACUGAAUGCAGUGUAUAAUUUCUGUCUGCGGCUAAAAGUUUAAAGCCAUGCCCCAGUUCCAUAUUUGAUUGCACAUGUGAGAAUUGCUGCUGUUGCAGUAUAAAAACUAGGUAUAAUAGGAUUUGAAAUAAAUUAUACUACAUUUCAUAAAAGUUGAAAACAAGAAAUUAAACCCACAAGUGGAAUGUUUGAAACCAUUAUACUUUUAAUAGAUGUGGUUGGGAUAUCAGAUACUUAUAAUGAUGGUUUAAUUACUGAUGUUCAAGAAAACUAAGGUUUUUUUUCCUCUUAUGGUUUAUUGAUUUGGUUUAAUUUCCAUUAUACUAUUUUACAUAAUCAAGGCAUUGUAAAUCUUAUAAUUUAAAAAUAAAUUAAUUAAGAACAGUUGUCAUUGUUAUGUUUUGUCAUUGAUUCUCAUUACUUUCUAAUUUCUUUCCAGUAUUAGCCUCUCAUUUUAUAUGUACAUAAGUUAAAUGGAUACUGUGAUUAAGUGCAUGAGUAGUGCAAGUUUUGAUAGUCAAGUUCAAGGUCAUUUUAUAGGAAAACCAAACAAAUAACAAUAAUUUAUCUUUCAUAUGCUGAUUAGUAAAUUACUUUUAACAUUUCUUUUGAAAAGUCCUAUAAUGUGGAAGAAACAAUUGCUACCAAAGAUUCUUGAAAUAAAUAUACAAAUUAGUAUGUAUAUUUAAUGUUUUUUGUUAGCUUCUCUAAGAUAUUGAUAUAAAUUCUGGUAAUAAUUUUUUCAGUUUUUGUUUUUUUUUUCUUAUAACCUGGUUAAAAUAAAUACCUGUCAUUGACAAUACUGUCUAAUGUGAUGAAAUUGUUUGAAGAAAAUUUAGCUAUAUCCUUCUAUUCCUUUCUUCCACCUAAUUGUCUUAACUUACUAAUAUUUAAUGCACAAUAUAUAUGAGUAGAUCUAAGCCCUUUCAUUUUUAUGCUGUAAAAAAUUGGACUAUUUUAUAAUUCAGGGAGCACUGAGUCAAAACAAUUGUUGGGAGCAUAUGCUGAUUCUGGAAUAGGCUGUGCAUUUAACAUUAAUUGCUGCUGUUAGGAUAUCUAAUCACUGUAUAAACCUCAAAAAUAGUGAUGACAUGCAUCAUGGAAUGAGAAAAUGAGAAAGGGGUGAAUUGUUUAACAUCACAGUGGGAUCUAUUCUGUGUGAGGAUCAUUUGUGAACACAUUAGGAGUAUGAGCAGAUUUCCAAUGAUUCUAUUUAUGUUGAUUUUUUGAGUUUUAAUGCUUACUUUAUUGCAUUAUUGUUUAGUUUAAAUGACACUGUCACUUGGUUCACUGUUUUCAUCGACAGUUGGGUUUGUAUUUUAAAUGUUAGACCGAAGGUAUGAUUGUAAAAGGGAAUGAAUUGGUUUAAAAAUAUAUGUAUAUUUUAAAAAAUCUUAUUUUGUUGUUGUAUGUAGAAAACUUGAAGGCAUGUUACUUCAUUAUAAAAGACCUUUGAUAACGUGCAAUACUGAAGUUGAUUUAAACUUGGCAAAAAAUGUUUUACAUGUCAUUGCCAAGUUUUAAUGUGAAUUCAUCAAAGUAUGACAUGGGCUUGUUUAAUUCUUGUGUAAAUGGUAUUUGAAUUCUACGUUCUUAUUGCUCAAGAUACCACAUAAGACAUUCAAUGAGAGUUUGGGGUAUUUCAAAUUGUUAGUUUAUAAUUCUUACUGAUGCAGAAAACAACAACAAAAACAACAAAAAAACUGGCCUGAAUAUUCUCUUGGGGAAAGUGGGCACUGAAGAAAAGGAAAUGCAUCAGAAGGCCAAAGGAGAAAUUGUAAGACCACUUAGCCCAUUUCCUGUCCUGCUAGGCCUGCUCUUGAGAGCCAUGGGAAGAUUGCUCAGAAACUCUAGGGAAGGAGGCUGUGGCAGCCUCUUCAGCACACUUAACUUGCUCAACUCUGUUAUUAGCAAAACCUUUUUUUAAUGUAGUAUCCCAGACCUUUUGCCUAUUGUCAGUUCACUCAUCCCUUAAAUAGUUGAGGAUAUUUUCUUUUGGUGGCCUGUGUCUAAGUACAAAUAACCAAGUUUCUGCAGCCUUUCAUUGCUAGGGCCUAUCUCCAUAGGCCUGUCUAGUUUUUAAAAGAUGAUUUAUGGAAAGGAGCAUCCCUUAUAUCUAUUUUACAUUCUAAUAAAGGAGAAGGAAGCCUGUACUGGGAUUGUUUCUGUUACCAAACUUCUUUUUAUCCUUUACUUAGCUUUCCAUAUGCCAUAAAUACCCUAACAGAGUUUUUAGGGAUCAUGAUGUUUAUUUGAAGGUAGGAAGAGGGUAUCAUUUUGUGGUUCUGGUAUGUUGUGCCUAUGUUAGUUUUUUUUAUUAUCUUCCUAAAUUAAAGACGCCAUCUCUAGACCAUUUGUGCUGGGCUUUGGAAUACUAUUAUAAAAUGGACUGUACUUCAAAUAGUGAAGCUCUGCAUUGAGGACCUAGACAGAAGUGAGGGGAAAAAGUGUCCAACUUCUCUUAUUUCUUAUUCCAGGUUAAAGACUGAUGACCUGACUUCUCGGUCUGAUGUAAAAUAUUGAUCUAAAGAGAGCUUCUGCUAGGUCCCUUAGUUUUUAUUCUUGGUUAAGAAAAAAUAGUAAUAUGUUGCUGCAAGCCAGUCAGUCAUUGUGAAGUAUCCCUGUAUCCGUAACCUCGACUUCCUUGCAAUUUAUAACUGCCCUCCCCUAUAAAUAUAAGUAGUUACAGAAAAAAAAGAUUUCAGAGAGCUCAUGUCCCUGAUGUUCCAUCCACAUCAGCCUUUGCAGUCAAAACAGUUUUAAAAAAUAUUUGCCAUUAGAGCUUUACAGUUUGCAAAAGUGCUUUCUACACAUUUUCUAAUUUCAUGAUAAAUGUGGUACAGUACAAUUUUGUUAAGUAUAUUUCAGUUUGCUAAUGGGGAAGUGCUUUUUUUUAAUGGUCAAUAUAUCUUGAAGAAUUUGUCUAGUUCUUGCUACAACCUAGUGAAAUCUCAUUUUUAAGAUUUCUGCAGUUAUUAGUUGAUCAGCAUUUCAGAAGUAGGAAAAAAACAGUGCUAGAGUGUUACAAUUGCUGAUUUAAAAGUAGACUUUAGAACUAAAUGGUUGAUUAUAAGAUUUACAUGGAAGAGCAAAGAAGGAAAAUUAUAUUUUUAAAGAAAAAGAGAAUAUUCAGGCUUUAUUUCUGGUAUGAAGUUUAUAUUUUUAAAAAAAAUUCCUAUAUUGUCACACCAGAGAUUUUAGAUUCUUUUCUGGUUACAAACAUUGCUGGUAGUUGGAUUAUAUUUUUAUUGUAUUCAUUUCUCUUAGGGGGAAAAUUGUAAAGAAACAAAAAGGUUCCAGAUGAAUGUAUCCUAGAAAUAAAAAUUGAAAGAUUCUUA